AUGCUUUCACAUUUGGUGAACCGACUGAGUGAUUACUAUAUCCUCACAUUGCCUCUUUUCGUUGUUUUAGUUUACUUUCUCCUUUCCGCCCAACGAUCUAGUCGCAUAAAACCAUUUCCUGGCCCACCCUUUCGCUUUCCUAACGGACAGGGAACAGAGAAGUUUUUUAGCGGACGAAACGCAGCUCGAAGAUGGAGAAACAGCUACGGAUCUAUAUACAGUAUCUGGUCAGGCUUCAAGCGCGAAGUCGUCAUAACCAAACCUGAGCACGUACAAGCCUUCUACAAAGAUUCACAUAAUCAUAUCAAAGCAUCUGAUAACAACGCAGGAUGGCUUUUUGGAGAGCUACUGGGGUCUUGCGUUGGUGUUGUCAGUCAGAAGCGGUGGGUGAGAGUUCGCGCACCUUUUGAACACCACUUUACGCGGCCAGCAUCUCUCAAGAGAUCAUUGCUUUUCCUCAACGAAUCAAGGGUGUUCUUACAAUCGAUGAACAAGGAGAAUAAUAGUACCACCAUUAACGUAACAGAUGACCUUAAAUAUUGUCCCUUUUUUAUGGUCGCAAGCAUCUUCUUUGGUCCUUUGUCGGCAGCCCAGCGGCAUGAGAUCUACAUGAUUGGACCUUUGAGAGAAGUUUUAUUCAGGGACGCAUUCAGCGGUGGUGUCAAUCGAUAUUCAUUUGCCAAGUAUCUACCUGGUUCGGCUAUGCCAAAACUUCGAGAGUUUCAGCGCCGCUGGGAAGACUUCGUCAAGAGGUCGCACGACGAGGCCACCCUUAACAGCGGAGGCGCCAUUGUGUCCCUUUGGGAAACGGUAGAGCGUGGGGGAUUAUCCAAAGAAGAGAAGCAGCUUCUUCAAACCUUAGAUGAGUCUUUAUUUGCCAAUCUAGAUGUCACUGCACAUGCAUUAUCUUGGGCCAUGCUCAGAAUUGCUCAUCACACAAGCACUCAACAUGAUGUUCGCCAAGAAAUCGGGGCAAAUUCUCACUCAGAAGAAGAUUACGAGGAAUAUCUCCGCCAGGAUAAUACUCUCUUGGCAGCCUGCAUCCUGGAAUCCUCCCGGCUGCACCCAAUUCUCCUUUUGACAGCUUUUUCAAAUCCCGAGUCAGCGCUGACCGAUAAGACUGUCGGCGAUUUUAAGAUUUUACGAAAUACCGAUGUUAUAGUAGAUUCGUACGCAAUCAAUGUAGACAACGCCUACUGGGAGGACUCUACAAUAUUCAACCCUCGCAGGCACCUCGGCCAAAGAGACCAAUCGCGGCGAUAUAACAUGUGGCGUUUUGGAUUUGGUCCUCGGCAGUGCUUAGGGAAGAAUGUGGCCGACAUUAUUCUCCGGGUAAUUGUUGCGGAGAUGGUACGCUGUUAUCGGAUUGACAUUAUAGGUAAAGGUGGAAUUGAUGGCAUUGAACUACAAGCCGAUAGCUGGAUCGGCUUGCCUGAAUGUAUGGUAAAACUAACUCCGCACACGGGGUAA